ACCCUGGCUUCUUGCUGCUCAUUUUUACAUAAAUCUUUUUCAUCAGAACCAUUAACUGGAAAUUAGAACGUUUUUGAAAAAAGAACGUGGGAAUAGUUUUAUGACAAAUAUGCAAGCGGCAAAAUAUAGCCAGGCUGCCAUAAUUCCAAAAUACUCAUUGAUGGGGCCAUUCAGAGGCCAUAUGAGCAUCAAAAGUACCCCUUUUUCACAUGGAUCAAGUAAACUCUCAACCCAAUACAUGAUUCAAGAUCAUAUAGCAACGCAUUACAGAAGACUGCUGUCUGCGAAAGCCGCUGUUGACACAUCAGCACCCAAGACUUUGUUCAGUAGCAUUAAAUUUAAAGAUCAGCAGAAAAAAGAGAGACUAAUCAAAGCCGUUGAAAAGUACAAGAAAGAAAUCCAACAGAUUUGUUCUCCAUCUCAUCAUAAUUCAAGAAGCGGUUUCCCAGAACAAUGGAAGGCAGCAAAUGUGUUGUUUCAUCUCACUGAAGAAGAACAUCCAGCUUCUACGGCUGACCAGUUUUUUUUACGCAAAGAGAAGUCAACCGAAUGGAUUCGAUGGCCAAUCCCGAUAGCCGGAGAUACCGUGCGCGGGGUUAAACAAGGAGAAUAUCACAGAAGUUAUUCAGCGAUGAUAUCUUCACGGCCCAAAUGUGACCACAAAUCGUUCAAAAAUCAAGCUUCAAGGAAGAAAUCGUAUUCUGACCCUCAAAAGAAAACCUACAGCGGAGAUCUCCUCGAUAAGCAUUCGUCGAGUUUUACGGGCGUAAAACAGCCUUUCAAGCCUCGCUUAUUAAAGAAAUCAGCCCAAUCUUUUCUCUCAAAGUAUAAGUAUUAUGAACCUCCUGUCAAGAAAAGUGCUGACCAUCGGUUGACUCCAAAAUCUGGCCAAACCAAGGCCGAAAACCUUAAUGAGCUGUACAGAUCUUUAGAAGACAAGUAUAUGCAAUUGGGACCCAUCACUGAAGAACUUUAUCCUACAAGAAGGACAUUCCUACCCCAAGGAAUCAGUGAAAUUCCCGUUUCUGGGCUCCUCUCGGAUAAUAACUAUCAUUUUCUUUAUUUGGUAUUAUCACAGACAUCAGAAUAUCAUGCCGCACCGCAAGAUUUAGAUUCACGCCGUCUUCAACAGGAAGAUGAUCUGAAAUACCUUCACUUUCUCCAAGAUCUGACCAACGACCUUUUACUAAGAGGUUGUGGAUCCAGCAGGGCGAUGGAGCAUGUAUUCCAAGAUCACCUUCAACGAGCAAAUCACGGCAUCGACGAGGUGAGAAAGAAGAUCCUAAUUCAUGAAUUGAAGGACUCUCUCGGGAUGGAUCAAAAAUUAGAUUUUUCAAUCAGCUAUGAUGGACGUCCGUACGAUUCCCAUAACAUACCUCUGGGUGGAAAACUGGACAGGCUUUUAAAUGCCCAAACAAGAUAA